GGUUCAAUCGUUAAAGGUGAUUUAAAAUUAGAGUUCAUAAAAUGAGUAAUGGUGAUUAUAACCCCAUAUUAACGCGAAAAAAUCGUACUGAACUAUUUACUAUUGAUGAGUGCAAGGAGAUUUUAGACAAUUUAUUGGCCGAUAACAACGAGCAAGGGGUUUUAAUUAAUUUUGAAAUAAAGCCGGCCACUGAACAUGUGGGUUUCUUGGGUGAAUACUUUCACUUGUACCUCCGCUAUCAGUUGAAUAAUCAGAAAUAUGAACAAACCUCUCGAUUGUUUGUCAAGUCGGUAAUCUUUCAAAAUGCCAAUAUGGAAUUCUAUAUGGAGAAAAUGGGGCUCAUUAAAAAGGAGAUAAAGCUUUAUGAAUUGUUGUUAAACAAAUUGAAGAAGUUUUCUUCCCAUGUUUGGUGUGCCAAAUGCUAUUUUACUCGCAAUGAUUUGUUUGUAAUGCAAAAUGUAGAGGAUAUGGGCUAUGUGGCUUUGCCCUCGGGAACUCGCUUUCUAAGUGAAAAUCAACUGAGUCCCAUUCUGAAAUCCUUGGCCACUUUGCAUGCUAGUAGUAUUGCCUACGAAAAAGAGCAGGGAAAAACAAUUGGAGUCGAGUUUAGGGAGUCCCUGAAAGAAAUCUCCGUAGAUCCGGAUGUUGAAUGGUACACCACGGGUUUAAGGGCUGUUUUGGCGGUAACUGCCACUCAUCCUGAUGUAAGGGAUUCUGCUGAAGCCCAGGAAUUCAUAGCCAAGGAGCUGCCCAGAAUUUUGGAUAGGGUUUACUAUAUGGUUAAUCCCUCGCCAGUUCAUCGGAAUGUUUUUGUGCAUCGCGAUGCCUGGGGAGCUAAUGUCUUCUAUCACAAGGAGCAGCCUGAAGAGAAAAGAUCUAUUCUGGUGGACUUCCAACUUUGCAGAUAUGCUCCACCUGCCACGGACUUUCAUUUGGCAACCUUUCUUAAUCUGGAACCCAAAAAUCGUAAAAAAAUGAUGGAUCAACUGAUCCAUACUUAUUAUAAUGCACUGACUGAAGAACUCCUAGAAAUGGGCAUCGAUGCCGAUCGGAAACAACUUAGCAAACAGGAAUUUGAGCAAUCUCUGAAGGACUUUGCUUUAUUUGGAGUGACCUACAAUUGCAUAGCUGCCACUAUUCUCCGUCUGCCCGAUAAUUAUCUGAAAAACUUGAAGGACGAACGCCCAGCGGAUUUUCAUCGGUUUUGCAAUGUGGAUCGCACGGAGGAUGUUCUGCGUUUGAUGAAAGAUUAUCCAGAAUUUGCUGAUUAUAUGUACGAAUGUGUGGGCGAUUUAUUGGAACUGACAUAUCAUAAACAGAACUGAUUAAACGUCAUUAUCUCGCA